GACAUAAAUUAAAACACAAAAACUGUUUAAUUUGUAUAAUAGUGCCACCUUGAGACUGUCCAGGCUGCUCGACUUCCUCCUUCUCCUUCACACAUUAACAGAAAGCCCAAUGAAAAGUAAAGAUUUUACUUUCUAUUGCCUGGUGGUUGCAUCAGUUAUCUACUAUUUCCAAACCCGACUGGCUCCACCGCCCAGAUGUUUGUGAGGUCCAGAGUUUGCUUCAUAAAAUCACUGACGGUGAACAACAGAGGCUUCACUCACAGGCUAGUAACGACGCAGCACCGCCACUUUUAGCGUUUCUAUGACUUUAAAUUCAACUUUUCUACACCGAACGAAGAGCUGAAGAUGAACCUCUGCAGCGGGAAGACUUUCCUGUUUACAUCUGAAUCUGUUGGAGAAGGACACGCUGAUAAAAUGUGUGAUCAAAUCAGUGAUGCUGUACUUGAUGCAUACCUGAGACAAGACCCGGACUCUAAAGUGGCCUGUGAAUGUGUGGCGAAGACGGGCAUGAUUUUAUUACUUGGGGAAGUGACAUCUAAGGCCAAAGUUGAUCUCCAGUCAGUGGUCCGAAAUACUGUUCAGAAGAUUGGCUAUGAUCACUCUUCAAAAGGUUUCGACUAUAAGACCUGCAGUGUGCUUCUGGCGCUGGAGCCGCAGUGUGUGGAGAUAUCAGACUGUGUGUUUGAAGGCAGGGAGCAGGAGGACAUUGGUGCAGGAGACCAGGGUCUGAUGUUUGGGUAUGCCACAGAUGAAACUGAGGAGUGUAUGCCCUUGACUAUCCUUUUGGCUCAUAAACUCAACUACAAGAUAAAGGAGCUGUCACGCACAGGAGAGUGUCCUUGGAUACAACCAGACUCCAAAUCUCAGGUCACAGUGGAGUAUCAAAACAACAUGGGAGCCAUGGAGCCACUGCGUGUUCACACUGUGGUCAUCUCAGUACAGCAUAGUCCGAACAUCAGUCUGGAGGAGAUCAGAUGUAAUCUGAUGGAGAAAGUGGUGAAGGUCGUCAUUCCUGCCAAAUACUUGGAUGACAAGACCGUCUACCAUCUACUGCCAAGUAGGAAGUUCCUCAUCGGAGGCCCACAGGGUGAUGCGGGACUCACGGGGCGUAAAAUCAUAGUGGACACGUAUGGAGGAUGGGGCGCCCACGGAGGAGGGGCUUUCUCUGGAAAGGACUGCUCCAAAAUGGAUCGCUCCGGGACUUAUGCGGCACGCUGGGUGGCCAAAUCUUUGGUCAAAGCCGGACUGUGCAGGAGAGCCCUCGUUCAGAUCUCCUACGCUAUCGGUGUGAGCCAUCCGCUGUCCAUCUCAGUGUUUCACUACGGCACGUCGAACAGAGACGAAGACGAGCUGCUGCAAAUCGUACAAAAGAACUUUGACCUGAGGCCUGGAGUCAUUGUGAAAGAGCUGGAUUUGAAGCGACCAAUUUACCAAGCAACUUCCUGCUACGGUCACUUUGGCAGAGACGAGUUUCCCUGGGAGAAACCAAAGAAUCUGGUGUAUUGAGUUUUUUUAAGUUUUGUGAGGUUUUAAUCAUCAGUCAUAAAAUGAUCAAGAAUUGUCUAAUUUGAGUGACGGACUCUACAUUUAGAUUAUGUGUAUAUAUCUGUGUAACUGACGACAUACAUGUCUUUUCUCUAUUAUCUGUAAUUAACUGUAAAGGCAGUGGUCUUCAUUGAUGAAUGAAUUUUUAUUUCUCUUUAAUGUUAUGUCCUUUUUUAUAAGAGAAACUGUAACUAUUGUUAAACAAUAAUUAUGCAAUAAAUGUGAAAUGUUAUGAA